AUGCCUCUCAGGCCAUGGAAAACCAAAACUGAUGGCCUAGCAUCUGAAGUCGCUGUCGGUCCCGAAUCGACAAAAUAUCCUGAUGGUCUCGAUCAUAAAAACGACGGCCGCAACACAACCAUCAAUGAUCCAUCAAUAUCGGUAGAUGAGAGACCAGUAGAGGAUGCUCAGCAUGGUGUUCAAGCAGUGGAAGCCGUUACUUUAGUUUGGACCAAAAAGCAAUUAUACCUGGCAUACGCAUUUAUUUUCCUCGUCUUCUUCGUAGUCUCCAUGCAACAGCAGAUACAGAACAAUCUUUCGUACUAUGUUACGUCUGAUUUCCUUCUCUUGCCUUUGACGGGCGCCACCAGCAUUGUAUCGAGCAUUGUUGGCGGUGUCUUCAGACUCCCAAUUGCUAAGUUUGUUGAUCUGAUUGGUCGCGCCGAAGGAUUUGCUAUUAUGACUGCGUGUGCUACCAUAGGUCUAAUCAUGAUGGCUGCAUGCAGAAAUGUAGAAACCUAUGCUGCUGCACAAGUAUUCUAUUGGUUAGGAUUCGAUGGCAUGGCGUACGUCCUAGAUGUCUUCAUGGCCGAUACAUCAAGUUUGAAAAAUCGAGCUUUAGUCUUCGCGUUCUCAACUACUCCCUAUAUUGUAACGACCUGGAUUGGACCUCCCGCUGCACAGUCAUUCCUCCAGACCAGUGGAUGGCCAUGGGGAUUUGGUACUUUUGCCAUCAUCACCCCGGUGAUUUGCAUCCCGAUCCUCACACUCCUAUGGUGGAAUCAAGGUAAAGCUAAGAAGGCGGGUUUGAUCAAGAAGAUUGAUAGUGGUCGCAUAUGGAGUGAAAGCAUCAGCUACUACUUCUGGGAAUUCGACGUGAUCGGUCUUCUCCUCAUCUCCGCGGGCUUCGCGCUCUUCCUCCUCCCCUUCUCCCUCGCCUCCUACCAAAAACAAGGCUGGCAUUCCAGCAUGAUCAUCGCCAUGCUAGUCCUCGGCAUUGUAUGCCUCAUCGCCUUCGGCUUGUACGAACGCUACGGCGCGCGCAAAUCCUUCAUCCCCUUCGAACUCCUCACCGACCGCACCGUCAUCGGCGCCUGUCUCUGCUCCGCCUUCUUCUUCAUCUCCUUCUAUUGCUGGGACUCCUACUUCUACAACUACCUGCAAGCGGUGCACAAUCUCAGCGUUACGCAUACAGGCUACGUAACUAACAUCUAUUCCAUCGGCUCCUGUUUCUGGGCCGUAGUAAUCUCCUACGCCAUCCGCGUCACGGGGCGUUUCAAAUGGCUAGCGCUGUAUUUCGCCGUCCCCCUACAAAUCCUAGGCGUAGGUCUCAUGAUCCAUUUCCGCCAGCCAGACCACCCUCUCGGAUACGUCAUCAUGUGUCAAAUCUUCAUCGCCUUUUCCGGAGGCACCGUCGUCAUCUGCGAACAAAUGGCCGUUAUGGCCGCCGCGCCCCACAAAGGCGUCGCAUCCAUGUUAGCACUAAUUGGGCUCUUCACAUCGGUAGGUGGUGCCAUCGGUGUUGCCAUCUCCGGAGCAAUCUACACAAAUAAAUUCCCGGCGGCGCUCGCGCAAAAGAUCACAGAUGAAGCGCUAGCGGCACAGUUAUACGGUAAUUUGGCCGCGCAGCUACAGUAUCCAGUGGGAAGCAUGGAGAGAAACGCAGUAUGGUUUGCAUAUGGGGAGAGUAUGAAAUGGUUGGCGGUUGCGGGGACAGUGUUCCUAAUACCGUGUUUCGUGUUCGUGGGCAUGUGGGAGGAUUUCAAAGUUGAUGAGAUGAAGCAGGUUAAGGGAACUGUUGCUUAA